AUUCAUUCGUAUACAAAAUUUGUGUAAAUGUACAAGAAAAAUUGUAAGCACAUCGCUUCCCAUUAGCGAUUCCCCAUCAACGUUGAUCGGAUCAGGUGAGGAACAAGCAAUAUUGUAUAUAAGCCCGAUUACUCUCCUCAAUCCUCAUCCCGUUGAACGCAACCCGACCUAGGGUUUUGGGAAUUCUUCUCUGCAGCCAAACAAGCACAAUGGAAGUCGCCACCUCUCGGAACCACGCCCCCAAGCGGAAGCGGGACUACCCCACCGCCGCCGAAGAGGAUGACGACUCAUUUGGAGAACCGCUCACCGGUCGGAAUGACAACGGCGUUGAUCUGUCCCUCCUCGAGGCCGUGGAGAGGUCCCAGAACGCCGUCGAAGUGCUCGACCUUAAAGUCCUAAAGAAGCUCGUCCUCUCGUUCGAACGCCGCCUCAAGGACAACAUUGAAGCCCGCCUCAAGUACCCCGACCAGCCGGAGAAGUUCGCCGACUCCGAAAUCUUGCUCCACGACGAGAUCAUUAAACUUAAACUCCUCGCCGGAGGUCCGGAGCUCUACCCGGACCUCGUCAAUCUCAACACCAUCCCGUCUAUUCUCGGCCUCCUGACUCACGACAACACCGACAUCGCCAUUGACGUCGUCAGCUUGCUCCAGGACUUGACUGACGAGGACGUGCUCGAGGACAACGACGAGCCUGCUCAAGUCCUCGUCGACGCGCUUAUCGAAAACAAUGUCCUUGAAUUGCUUGUUCAGAACUUGUUGAGGCUAUCCGAGACCGAUCCCGACGAGAUGGCCGCAGUGUACAACACGCUGGCGACGAUUGAGAACUUGAUCGAGGUCAAGCCAGCGGUGGCGGAGAUGGUGUGCGAGAGGACGAAAUUGAUGAGAUGGUUACUGGGUAAGAUCAAGGUUAGAGAGUUCGACAGUAACAAACAGUAUGCCUCGGAGAUACUGGCCAUUUUGCUGCAGAAUAGUCCGGGGAACCAGAAGAGGCUGGGGCAGAUGAAUGGCGUGGAUGUGAUGUUGCAGGCGGUUGCGAUGUUCAAGUCGCGUGACCCGAAGACGCAGGACGAGGAGGAGAUGGUGGAGAACUUGUUUGACUGUCUGUGUUGUUUGUUGAUGCCGUUGGAGAACAAGGAGAGGUUUGUGAAGGCCGAAGGGGUAGAGCUGAUGAUUAUUAUCAUGAAUCAGAAGAAAUCCUGUUAUGGGUCCGCAAUUAGGGCUCUUGAUUUUGCAAUGACGAACUAUCCACCAGCCUGUGAACGAUUUGUGGAUGUGAUGGGGUUGAAGACUGCCUUUCCUGCUUUCAUGGGUAAGAUUCCAAUGAACAAAAAGAACAAGAAAAAACGCUACAAAGAGGAGUUGGAAGAGCGCCUCAUAUCGCUAAUUGCAUCAUUAUUUGGUGGAAUUUCAAGGGGUUCUAGAAGGGAAAGAUUGUUGAGUAAAUUUGUGGAGAAUGAGUGUGAAAAGAUAGACCGGCUUAUGGAGCUUUAUACGAGAUACUCUAAUAGGGUGAAAGCAGAGACUGAACGGAUGAAUCAGCUUGAGCUUGAGGAUUUAGAGAUGGAUGAAGAUGAAAAGUACAACCGGAAGCUUGAAUCUGGACUUUACACUCUCCAGAGUCAAACCCUAGUUGCAGUCACGGCCUCCUGGCAGCUGCAGUCGUUGUUCCGCCACCAUAGCUGUCGUUGCCGCCCACGGACACCCUACCGCCAGCCACUCUGUCCGUCAAUGAUGCCUCCAGAUCCGCAGCUCCAUUGCGUCUCCGCUACCUCAACGCCGCUGCUGACUCUAGCUCCAUUGCGACCUCGCUGCCUCCACAUUGCUGCUGCCCCCAAUUGUUGCCGUCAUUGCUGUUGGCCUUCUCACCAUCGCAACUGCCGCUCAAUCUCCCUUCUCCGGUCGUCAUCGCCAUCGUCGGUCGGUAGGUCUCAACCUCUGGUCUCUCAGAUCUUGUAGUCGCUUCUCUGGAUCUUAUGCAUCGCAUAGAUCUCGUGUCGCCCCUGUAUUGUCAAUCUGCCAUCGUCACCGCCUCCUUCCUCGCGACUGUCUUCUACAACAACGCCCCCACACGCCCUCGGAUAAACUACAUUUGUAACAAGUUUGGCACAUGUAAUAUAUAUGUUCCACCUCGAGGGGGAGUGUGAGAUUUAUUUGGCUUAUGUCAUGACCCAUUUAGUAUUAGUAUAUAUAGGUAUACAAUCUAUUAUUUGAGUGAGGAAUUUAUUUCCUCCCAACUAGGGUUUCUCUCCCUCAAGUUCUCUGAUUCAAUAGGUUCUAUGGUGCUUUGAAUGUCUUUCUUGAAUCUAUGCUCCAUAGGGUUUACCCUGUUUAUGAUGGUUUUCUUCUUCAAUGAUACUCGCACACAGUAAGUAUCAUUAUUUAUUGCUAUAGUUCUCAAGAUUUUCUGCGCCUGCCCCCCCCCCCCUCUUCUCCCGCCUCCCCUCUUUUG